GCUCGCCAGCGAAAGGGGAGUUCGUCGUGGAGGAAGAUACACACAUGGAGGAGGACGACAAGAACAUUGUUCCUCCGCCAUACUCGCCGGUUGCAGGUCAGCCAGGACUUUAGAGGGAUUGCAUCAUUGUUCCGUUCUGCCUGCAGGUGACACUGUCAGGAGGAAGCCGGGCAAGAAGAAGAACAGGGAGGAGAAGAAAGGCGAGAGGCAGCAGAGGCCACCCUCGCGGCAGCGAGAGCAGCGCAGCAAGAGUCCGCAACCUGAGCUCCAACAGCAGAACGACAAUGAGCGACGCAGGCAAGCGCUCCAGAAGACGAGAGGAUGCUCAAGUCUGUCGUCUUGGUUGUUGCUUCUCCUCAGGAGCCAGCGGUACGUCAGCACCGAGCAGCCUGAACCAAACGUCCCAGCAUCAACGUCAUCUGGCAAGAAGGGCAAGGAGCAGGGCCAGACGGACCAGCCAAAGCCAGGUACCGUUCCCAGCGCCAAGAGCCGGUCUCGGUUCAGCGUCAUCAAGCCAGAAGACUCCCCACCUCCACCGGCAUUCGCCCAUGGCGCCUCACCCGCCAGGAGCGGCCCUGAGGGUCAGCCUUCCACACGAGGCAUGACAUUGGGUGAGGAGACUGCCAAGUUGGCAGAGGAGAAGCGGCGACUCGAAUACGAGAUGAAGAAGCUGGCGUCUGAGAGGGAGUGUCUCGAGUUGGAACAGCAGGUCAGGAAGGAGAGGGAGGCCCUCGAGGCAUUGAAGAAAGAGCGACCUGGCCACCAGCAGCAGCAGCAUCAGCAGCAGCAAAGGAGCCAGCCGUCCGUCAAGGCCGCCAGCAUCCCCUCUGUGCCGCCCCACCUGGCCGCCCAGCAACCGAGGCGCAACUCUGUCAUCAUGGCGGAGCACCCCUGGACCGACCCCUCACAGACGCAGGAAGGAGGGGAGACACCCAUCCGGAGUGGCCGCAGAGACACGGAGGCCGAUAUGCCCGCCGUGCCAGCCCCGGGGCCACAUACGACUGUGUACCCAUUGACCGAGAUAUCUGUGUAUACAAUGGGCGGCCAGUGCUUCACCGUGUACGAGAUCGGUGAUGCCAUCGACCAACAGCCGGAGGCCCUGGGGUGGUCUCGAGUGGCCGGCGACACGGCAACACUUGCGGGGUCGCCAUUUAAUGUCGUAGACGUGUCACAAGACAGGAGGACCUCGAUGCGGCGAAUCACACUGACGGCCGCGGGCAUCCAUGCCAGCGAGAAGCCACAGGGGAAGGGGGCUCCUUCGGAAUGCGCCGUGGGCAAGUUUGAGGAAAAUGCUCAGACUCCGGUGAGUGAGCUGCAGCAGGAGAUGCAGCACCGUCAGGUGGCUGAAGUGUCGGGAUGGGUCAAGAAGAAGGCUCGAUAUGGGCUCUGGAAGGACCGGUACAUGCGUCUGCGGGAUGGUGCGCUGCUCUACCACAGCGAUGCCAAGAAGGACAGCACCCCCAAUGGUGAGCAGACCGGAGAAAGGCUGUAAACCAUAACAUAGUUGAGUCUGUGUCUCUUCCUUAUGCGUCGUCAGCGGUCUUUCCCUUCUGGUCACACAUUGUCCGGGGCCAGGUGAGCACCCACCGCACGCAUCCGUCCAUGGCUGGGCGGCUGAUGAGUUAGUCCGUCUUUCUGCAUCUCACUAAUCAGGCUCAUCCAAAGGAGACGCAGCAAUUCACGUGAGACACGAGCUACCCGGGAGAACAUGUAUAUGUAUGUGUACCCAUAGAUAAUGAUCUGUUUGCUCCCUCUUCUUGCCUCGGUUGCUUAGCGUGAGCUACGACGAUCUCAAUGGCGACGCGAGAGACCUGCACUUGUAACCAGAUAAACCAGAGAGAGGGAUUUAGCGGAUGGAUGUCCGUCCAUCCAUCCAUCCAUCUAGUUCCUCAUGUCUGCUGCGUAUUCAGUUCAUCGCGUGAUGCGUCGAGGAGUGGGCAGGGAUGGGUGGAUCUGAUCAACAAAUACACCAUGCGAACCGCCAUGCAAAUCGCUCUGGUCGGUGAAUGAAGACACAUACAUACAACCAGGGACGGGAUUGAGGAACCGAGGGAGACACGAGACCAUGCAGCCAGCCCCAUGUGUGUGUUCUCAGUAUCACUAUGAGGACAUUUUGGUGUCGUACAAUGAGUGGUACUACAAGGACCCCGCCAAUGUGGAGCGGGGUCCCUUCCCGCUCCUUCAUCUUCUAUGGUGGCAUCAGAACGGCAUGCUGUGUGACGCCACCCCAGUCAAGAUGCGUGGCCACCAGUCAUUUCAACCUCUGGGCAACGGCGACGCCCUCAGGUGAGGAUGAGCGUAUCGACGCGGCAUGGCAGACUGGCACCGCAGCAAGAAGCAUCCUGUCUCAGAGUAGCCAUGUCUGUCUCUGUCGGUGGUCUGUGUGUCUGUGUCUGUGUGCCUGUGCAUGUGCAGGGAAGCGGCAGUGCGUUGGCAGCACGUGUGUGACAGUGAGGACUUCCUGAGGGCGUUCCCCCUGGCCACCAGUGGAGAUGACGAGGAACAUGAGCGGCAGGACUGACGAGUAGAUGAGUGUGAAGGCUUUCUUGAGGCAGGCAGGCAUUUGGCACGAUCGGGCGUGUGAGGAGUAGUACUGUUGAACUUUGUUCAUCGUUUUUCAGCUGAGUAUAUCAUGCAUAAUACACUGAUAAGUCUU